AUGCCCUUUAGUCCCCCAGGUUGGACGCACCCUUCCGUCGCAGAGGCGACGCCAGACAACCAGUCUGCUAUAUAUGAAGUGCCGGCAGGGGCGGGUAAUGAAAUGUCCCACCGAUAUAGUGAUACACGAGGAUACACGAGGCAGAGUGACCUUAGUCACGCUGCGCAAGGCACACUCCACCGCGCGUGCAUGUUUAGAACUGGCCUGUCACCGCUCCGUGACUGGAGUGGCCUUGGCAUCUCCGACAUCACCGUUUGGAGAACGUUCCCUUCGAAGAGGUCACACCGCCUCCUUUCAACAAAUCUGAUCCGACCUAGGCCUCCUAUCACAAGUUUGGUGCUAGACGUCACGAUUAUACUUUUGGCCAUUAAUCAUACCAUUCACAACACUGGUGAUGCUAGUUGCGGCCCCUCGGAGAAUAACGAAAACACGAGGGGAAAAAAGUUGGUGCAGCAUUGCAAACUCUACGAGAGAGACUUUAGCAGUGUUCACGCUCCUGAUCACUUCUGGAAAAUGUCUUUUCAGUUACCUUCGCCACCAAAUGCAGUUAACUCAGUGGAGCUGACCAAGUACCACUCAACGUUCCUGGACCACUCCGGCUCAGUUGGUGGAAAAAUACCAUCUUCGGGGCAAGCCGUCAUCCAGCGGAAUUCCUUGAACACAUGUCCGACGACUUUGCUUCUGAGUUUAAUCUUGGAUAGUCAAGACGGCAAUUGCGGGGUUGCGCUUUCACUGGAAGAGGCGUUUCCACCCGCAAAUGUCGUGAGGAAGACGGAAAUAGGCAAAGGAAUCCAGUACAGCGCAGAUACUGCUAAGUAUCAUCGACAUUGCAUUUCAGACCCAGCGAAAAUAGGAGUGUCAACGAAGUUUCCGAGUCCACAUUUUCUGGGUACCGUUUUCGUUGCCACUAACAAGUCUCCGGAGAACAUAUGGCUAUCUGACGGAAUUGCUGCACCGUUGCAGGCCCGCCUGUCGUUACUGUGGGAUGCUGAGCCAUCCGUUCGUAACGGAGCCGAUCGAAUAGACUCUGAACGUUCAGCACCAGUGGCCACAGCUAAUUGGAGAGAUUCUGUUGCCUGGACAUGGAGGGGCUGUCGCAGGGACUACGUGUCACGUGGUCACAGAAAUUCACGAACUGUCACAGGAUGUCACGUUUCUCAGCUUGCUCGUCAUUCCCAAAAAUUCAGUCUUGGGUGCACGCCAAGACACUCGUGUAAACGAGCAGGCCACAGCAUCAACAGAGGUUUAGAAGUGGCGCUGGCGGAAAUGAGCGCGCGUGUGGAUAGAUGGGUACUGGGCAUGCCGGAAUGCGAUGACUGCAGCAAUUUCGCGAUCGCCAUCAACGACACGAAUCUCAAGUGUGUUCGUGGCAGAGAGCCACAAACUCCAGUGAACUCCCGCCAAACCGUGGAGUGGCCCUAUGCAUGUGUUGUGCGCCUGGCGUUCUGA